AUGGCAUCAAACAAUGGCUCAGGUCACAUUGAGGUCCGGCUGAUUGGAGCGGACACUGCCUGCUCAGGACGUGUUGAAGUCAAACAUGGGAAAACAUGGGAGACAGUCUGUGAUUCGCACUUAGAUUUCAAAGCUGCUACCGUUAUCUGCAAUGAAUUAGGGUGUGGACAGACUGUAGCCACAUUGGAAGCAGCUCACUUUGGAGAAGGACGUGAUCUGAUCUGGAAGGAAGAGUUCCAGUGUGUGGGGAAUGAGUCUCUUCUUGAGAAAUGUCCCAGGAUCUCCCGUCCUAACACAUGCUCCCAUGCUCAUGAUGUUGGCGUAUUGUGCUCAGGGUACGGUGGGUACAGGCUGGCAAACGGCAGCACAAGGUGUUCGGGGAGAGUGGAGCUUCGCCACGGAGGCACCUGGGGAACCUUCUGUGACUCCCAGUGGGAUUUACAGGCUGCCCGCACCCUCUGCCAGCAGCUUGACUGUGGAUUUGCCCUGUCGAUUCCAGCAGGGCAGCUCUUUGGCACAGGAGAUGGGCCUGUCUGGAACGGCACUUUUGGCUGUGAGAGAAACAAAUCCCGUCUGAGAGACUGUCUUGUUACUGCGCUGAGCACAACUGAGUGUCCCCCUGGGAGCGAAGCCAGCGUGGUGUGUUCAGGGUGCCUGGGCGGCAGGUUAGUGAACGGCACCGAGUGCUCCGGGAGAGUGGAGAUCCGACAUGGAGACACAUGGGGAAGCCUCUGUGCCUCCCACUGGGAUUUGCAAGACGCCAACGUCCUCUGCCAUCAGCUGAACUGUGGAUACGCCGAGUCGAUCCGGGGAGGAUCCCAUUUCGGGGAAGGGAACGGAACCGUAUGGAGCGACACUUUUCAUUGUGAAGGGACUGAAUCCUGCCUGUGGGAUUGUUCUAGCAUGGCCCUAGGCAACCCAGCCUGCUCCCCCAGAGACACAGCCGGGGUUAUUUGCUCAGGUCGUUCUGAGGUGCUCAGACUGUUGUAUGGAGAGAGCCGAUGCAGUGGGACAGUCGAGAUUUUCCUCCAUGGUGCGUGGGGCAGAGUCCUGGAUGACCAGUGGGACAUGGAUGAUGCCAGCGUGGUGUGCAGACAGCUCCAGUGUGGAGUCGCUGAGAAAGCUUAUAACCCACCUAAGUCUGAGCGAGGAAGGGGCCCCGUGGGGCUGAAAAGUGUCCGAUGUGGAGGAAAUGAGACUCGUCUGACUCUCUGUGACAACUCCGCAUCUGAGACAGCCCAGACAGGAAUUGCUGAGGACGUCGGUGUCAUUUGCUCAGGAAGCAAGCGGAUCAGACUGGUGAAUGGGACAGGUCGCUGUGCCGGGAGAGUGGAGAUUUAUUACAAUGGCAGCUGGGGGACAGUCUGUGAUGAUUCCUGGGACUUACCAGACUCCAGUGUCGUCUGCAAACAGCUGGGAUGUGGACAUGCCAUCAAUGCAACUGUCUCUGCUCAUUAUGGGCAAGGAUCCGGGCAGAUCUGGCUGGAUGAUGUGAACUGCUCUGGGAAGGAAUCCAAUCUUUGGGAGUGUCCUUCCAUGGGCUGGGGCCAGCACAACUGCAGACACAAAGAGGACGCGGGAGUUCUCUGCUCAGAGUUCACAGAUCUGAGGCUGGUGAGCGACAGUGUCUGUGCUGGGCGGCUGGAGAUUUUCUACAAUGGGACGUGGGGCAGUGUUUGCUCCAAUGGGAUGUCUGGAGUCGCCGCAGCAAUUGUCUGCAAACAGCUGAACUGUGGGGAUGGAGGGCAGAUUGAAAAAGACUUUGCAUAUGGAGCAGGUUCUGGUCCCACAUGGCUGGACAAUGUAAUAUGCAGUAAGCAGCACAGGUCCCUUUGGCAGUGCCCAUCAGACAUGUGGAAACAGCAGUCCUGUGAUAACCGCGCAGAAGAGACCCAUAUUUCCUGCAGUGACCAGGAGAAGUUACGUGUCGUGGAAGGAGAGGACAGAUGCUCGGGGAGAGUGGAGGUUUGGUGUGACAGAGAUGACAUCAUCACUGAGUAG